AUGACAAGUCGGCUCGGUUCAAUUUUCGAAUAUCGAAAGAUGUAGGGAAGAAUAAAAAGUUAGACGUCUGUCAGAGAUUUUUCGUAAUUUUUGGAUUAAUUUUUCUUUAGAGCAAAUCAUAAAAGUUACAUAGUAUUGGAAUCUGAUUUUUUCGAAACAAUUAUGACGCUAAUCAGUCGGGUUGCUUUAGAAUAGUUCGUGCAGCUUCGGACGGCAGACACUCGACACGACUCGGAAGAUUUGUAGAUUUGCGCUAGCCGCAAAAUGUCCAGUCGCGUUCGAAAAUACUCGGAAGGUCUACCGCAAAAGGUUGGCCCUCUGAAAGCCACUUUGCCCAUAACUUCUGUGCUGCGCGGACCACUUCAUCAGAACAGCAGCAACUUCCAUCUACUGCCGGCGCUGUCUCCACCGAUGCGGCACAUAUCGCCUGACUGCUCACUUUACGGACAGCGUAGUCCUAGUGCCAAUGAUUUUAACGGCGCUGCAGACGCUUCGAUCAGACGAACAGCCUCCUUAGAUGCUCUUUACACUCGCCCCACGUGGAGCCUUGGCCAUGUUUCCACAGUUCUUCAUCUGGAUAAAGCGACACAGACGGACGAAUCAUAUAUCGAGAAGCAGAAAAGCUCCGGCGAAUGGUCGUUCGCAAAAGGGUCGGACACAGCUUCCUCCUCGCCCGACAUCAAGAUCGAGAAAGUGAUCCGACAACGGUGGCAGAGGGUGCAGCGCGGGGAACACUCAGUCAGUUCGCAAACUCUCAGUCCGGCUCAUGGAUCUUCGGCAAGCCCGGUUAUGAUACCACAACACCACCUGCACGCCAACUCACAGAUGCAUAUUCGCCCGAUGCGAAGUUCGGUGGAAGGAUUAAAUCAAGAGAUUGAAAAGUUGGUCUUAUUUACGGGACCCACUACACACUCCGGGCGCACGGAUUUAAUGUACUCGAGAGGCACCCCGGAGGGACAUCGAGCACCUCUAGCUGAACUGCUGACACACAGUAACGACACGCGGUCUGUUAACACGCAGACGCCAAUAGGAGAUAUAUCUUCUGAUGAUAGCCACAGUACAUCACCUGAAGAUGGUACAUCAAUGGCAAGCGCUUCGCCAAGAAUAAAUCGAUUCUUAGCAAGAGAACCUCCAGAUGGUUGUGAAAAAGUUAAUUUAAAGCUCACCGAAGCUGAUCAAGGUACAACCACACAUUUUAAACCGUGUGUAGGAUUUCAAUUACGCCCAUCUCUUGGCUCAGCCUUUCAACCGUUGCAGCCUAUAUCAUCGGCUGCACUCGCAUCAGAACUCGAUCCUGAAACAACGUCAGAUGAUGCCAAUGAACAAUAAUUGUUUUUAAGUAAAGUAAUAUAAAAGAGAAACUAAAAUAGACGGAGGGAAGAGAACUAAUACACUUUUGCUUAACAGACUAACUACUAGAAGUAAUUCGUUUUAUCCUCAUUUUAUUUAACGGAUCUAGAGAGAAGGACACAGGCUCCAAGCAAUCAAAAGGUUGCGUGACAUUGCUGAAGAAAUCAAUUCACUUUUCUUUUUAUCUACUUGCAUUUAAACCAAGAUCUUAUAUGUUUUCUUUGGGUACGUGAAGGAAAUAUUCUUUCUUAAUUCGUAGGAUUCGAAAUCAUGUAUGAGAACUCAAUUAAAAUGUUUCCGGGUGAAACGACAUGUUUGUUACUAUUCGCAAAAAAAGUAAAAAUUUGCAAAUUUGAAUAAAAUGAAAAACAAAACUGAAUGAUGGACUGAUGAGAUGCACUUAAAGUAUAUAAUUGUAAGACAAAACAAAAACACUUAGAAAUGAUGUGAUGUAAUUUUUUAUAUUUUUAUUGUAAAGUUAAGCGCUGUUUGAUACCAAAAUAAGAUAUGCAUAUAGAAAGGAGAGAAAGCGUGUUAUCUCAUAUUCUUAAUAAAGGAAAACAAAAUCAAAUAAUUCGAUAAAAAUCUUUUCUCAAAAUCAAAUCUUUUUUUUUGUACGUAUGUUAAUUGUAAUCAGAAUGAAGUGCAACGGUAGAAGCGGAACUUCUCAUUGAAACGAGAACGAACCAAUGUUUUCUUGACAAUAUUUUCCUUUGAAGAGGCUUUUCCAAUAUUCAAUUUACGAAAGCGGAAAUAUUAUAAAAUAUUCUCCAAUAAUAAAAUUUUCAAGGAAUCGUCUGUAUUUACUUGCUAACGUUGAAUGCAUAACUCGGCUCCUUCGACAUGUUUAAUUGAAGAUUAUCCUUCUGUUAAUGUGCACGUACGAAACUGGCACUUCCACUUGGGAACGGUCGUAAGAUGAUGUACUGAAAUCGAAGAAUAGUUUGAAAAAUCGUUUAAGUUUUGAUAAGUUCUCAGCCAAGGCCGCUGGAGAGUCUAGACUUUUCAAGAGAAAUAAGAACUGACGUAAAAUCACGAAAGAUGCCUCUUAUUUGUUAGAUGUCUUUGUUUUUGUGAUUAGAAUUAAUCUUUGUGACGAUAACACAUUUCUAUUGAGUCAAAUAAAGAAAUGGAACGAAUAAUGAAAAAAUAUGAAUUUAAAAUUUUUCUCUAGUAAUUACUGAUGAAAAUGAUGAUACAUAAUAAUGAUUAAUAUGAUUUUCCAAAUAUAAAUGUACAAAUAGGUUAAUGUGUCGUUAAGUAACCACAUUUAAGCAGAAAGAAAAGAAUUAACGAUUCUUGAUUAUUGUCGUUUAAAUGGUAUGAAUCUUCUGUAAUUUUCUCAAGCGCUUUGUUUGUAAUGAAUCGUUUUUUUUUUAUUAUUUUCAAAUUUAUUUCAAUACUUUGAAUCAGUUAUUGUAUAUUACCGUUGAAAUAGUGAAAAAUUGUUGACAUUAAUUUUUGUUAUAGUUACAAAUUUGUUCAUUUUUUAUUAUUUUUAAUUUUUGUUUGUCAAUGUCGCGACACGAAUAUGAGCGAAUAUUACUUUCUAUAGACGUAUGUAGUAUUUUCCGAUAUUCAAAUUUACUUUGGAUAAGGUCUCGACUGAUAUAAAUUUAAUCUGUGAAUUUUAUAAUGUUUUAUAGCCGAAAAUUGUUAGCCUACAAUUUCCAUAUUGUGCUAUUUACCUCUAUGUAUUUUCCCUUUCACGCGAAAUUUACAUUCACCAUCGUAAAAUGCAUUAAUUUCUAAACAAAAGAACUGUUCGGACAGGGUGAACAGCGUAUAAGAUACUUUCGCUUAAUAUCUCCCUUUUUCUCCAAAUUUUGCUCAGUUGAUCUUAGAACGACCAGAUUUAUAGCUUUAUAAUACUCGGAGUAAAUCUCAAGCAAUCGAUAUUUUGGGUUGAAGGCUAAAAAAUAACAAUUACUUAACGUGAAAAAUCGGCUUCGCAACUACGAGCUGUUGUGAGCUUACCACUUGUACAGCAUUAAGUGUAAUAAUAGCACAGGACCUCACGGAAUGAACAGGAGACACUAUAACUACGAGGGCGGUCAAUUAUUUGUCAAAAUAUGGACUAAAAAAAUGAAGUGAAACUAACAAUUAUUUUCUUCUUUUCAAUAUUGAUUCUAUUACAUUAGCUUAUACUAAGUGUAGUAAAAAGAAAUCCAUUAUUUUUGCAUAACGUGAAGGUUUUUACGUAUACCUGCACUUUCAAAUGAUAUAUUUAGGUUAAAUAUCCGUCAUUUUGUUCGAUAACUUGUUGCCAUUUUGAAGGUAAUAUUUUACGCCUCUAUUGACAAGAAAGUGGAACAGUCGAUCUUCACAGCGUGGCAUUGUCCUGAUGGAAUAAAAUUCUCCCUCCUAUUUUCUAAAGCGGUUACUUCCUGCGCCUUAAAAGUUUUCUCCGAGCAGCUGAUAGUAAGAGACUGGUUUCCAAUCCAACCAAAUACAGAACGACGCCUUCCUGGCCGCCGAUCCACGAUUCAAGUCAACAUCCACUUCAGAAACGAAUUGAAUUGAGCGGUUCUUAACUAAAAAAUCGGUGCAUUGGGCUUUUUGGCAUUACCUCGUGCAGCACCUAUACGUCGAUCUUCUCGUUAAGUCCAGCCUUAUUCAAAUAAUUCCAACAAGGUUCUGGGGAAAUGGCUGGCCAAUCGAAACUGUGCUCAUAUGUUGGUCUGACUCGACGAUUUCGGUUUUUAUCAACAUUUGCGACAAUUGGCCAUCUAUGGCCACAUAUGCACAUCAAAUUACAAGCCAGGACUCGACGAAAUCAUAAUUGCGCGUAAUGUACUAUAAACACUGUUCACAUUUUUAGCCGCCCUUCGCGUAUUUUCUCUUGUUGAUAUCCGCCUUUGCCGUGUGCCCAAACAAAACUGAAUCAAUCAAUCACAAAACGGUCACAGAAUUUUCAGUACGAGAUGUCGUCUUUCCAAUAUUAUCCAUAUACAGAUUACUAAAUCCAACUAUUGGAAAAAUAAGGGAAUUUAUUUUAUUACACCUAAUGUUUCAAUAAGUUCAUUUAUCCAUUCGGAAAAAUAUAAUUUUACUUUGUCUCUGAAAUAAGCGAAAAUCGAGUCCUUCACUCAUUGUCGAUUGAUUUUUUUUACACGAAACUUUUUUUUUCAUUUCAACAACAAAUAUGGAUUGGUGAUCCAGCACAUAAAACCUAAUAUUUAAAUAGUAACCAUUGCAACAUGCACAUUGUGCAUAAGCUUGUCAUCGUGCGAAAGCAACACAUCUUGAUCCACUUCCCUGUAUUUUCUCCUUCAAAGAGAUGAUUUAAUUAAUUUACUUUUCCCCGAACUUUUUGAUCCUCUCUUGCUUCUUCACCCGCACGGAAAAAUUGUUUAUUCUCCAGCAAUAAUCUUGGGGCAAACCUUUUUUAUCUCCUUUCCUUUCUUCCUUUCCUUCCUUUCUUCAGUCCAUAAACUAAUCUAUUUUCUUGCUUCCAUUUAUUUAUUACGACCUGAACCCAAGCCAGUGUGAGGAUACUUCAAUUGGUAAGCAAGAUUUUGUAAAUCUUCCAAUAUCCUGCAAAGGGAUACCAAACAUGGUUAGCCAUCAAGACAAUGAUUAUUUUCAUGGAAACUUAUCAACGGUUGUAACACAAAGGAAUUAAUCUCUGGUACAAAUUAAUUUUCUUCACAACUUCAGUAUAACUUGAAAGUAUGGUAACUUCGGUAUGACUUAAAGGUUCUGUGUAGAGAAUGCCAUAUUUCAAUCCAUGUGACACUGACGUCAUAAAAACGUUAAAUUUGUAGGUGUCUGAUUAGCCGGACAUAGUGUUUAUGAAGUAACUUCAAAGAAUUGUGCGUGGCAAAGGGUUGGUCUUAAUAUCGUAGCGAGUAGUUAGAUUAGACAGUAUAAAGGAAAUUAGAAUUCGCAAAAUACUUUUACCUCAUUGUAUGAAAAAUUAUUUUUUUUUUUUUUUUUUUUUUUUUGAGAUAUGCUUCUUGCAGCUUUUCUAAAUUUACAGAAAAUUAUCUAUUAUCGUGAUAUAAAAUGAAAAAAAUAAUCCUAUUUUUUGAAAAAAAAUAUUUAUUUAUUCUUCAACGUAAUCUUCUUCAAGAGGAGCUGUUUUUUUCCGGUGCUCCUCCAACAUUUGUACACCUUUUACCACCUUAACUUACGAUUUUUCCAGCACCUCAAAAUAAACCUCUGUUCCGAAUUUGGCCUCUUCAUUCGAAAAAAUCUCGCGCCCUUCAGCCAUCUGUUCACUUCGGGAACAAAAAACAAUCGUUCGGUCCCAUAUCCCAUGAGUAUUUGGCGCAUAGAAAAGAAUUUCAUAUUUCAUAGCGUUCAAUUUGGUCAUUGCAUAACGGUGUGUUUUUUCUUGGUGCAUCUUGCGAUUGCUCUGGUAGUGUAACAUUAUAUUGCUCUGUAACUGUUUCAACUGUUUUCGAGAUAAUGUAUAUCAAUAAUUCCUUGUGGAUUCCAACAAAUAAUGGAAAAUGCCUCCCUAGUUGUUUUAGCACCUUUGGUUGAUUUUGGAGGCUUUCCCCUGGUUCUAACCACUGGGCAAAUCGUUUAUUGGACUCUGACACGUAGUAGUGUAUUCGUGUCUCAUCAAUUGUAGCACACCGACCGAAUCCUCUUGGAGCACGCCAUCUAAGCAGAGUUUUGAAUCAUUCACACCUUGUUGCACAUCAUAUACAAAAUUCUUUCAUAUGAAAAUAUUCUUGCAUGAUAUUUCAGACAUGUUCUCUUCAUAUCUCCACAGCUUCGACAAUUUCAUUUUCAUUUUUUCUUCUUCUUCAGCCUCUGUCCCGUUCACAAGCAAAGUCGGCUCUUGUUUGGCUGCGCCACUUUGCUCUGUCAAAAGCCUGAUCUAGAUGUAAUUACGAGGCUUUCAAAUCUCCAUCCAGCGUAUCAAGCCACCGUUGCUUCGGCCGGCCUUUUGGUCUUUUCCCAUCAACUUCCAUCGAACACUCCUCUCUCACAAUUUUUCCACGAUCAGUACAUCCCCAUAUCGAUGGCGAAUAUCCUCAUUUCAGAUAUGAGCAAGGCGUGUCAAGCUACUCGUCGGACGAAACAUCUUCGUCUCCAUUACCGCAAGAUGCGGUUUAUUGUCUUUUAUAGUCCGCCAACACUCAGAACUGUAGGAAGCGACGGGACUGACGACACUACGGUAAAUUUUCGACUUGAGACGUUUCUUUGAGAUGUCGAUCACAAAGAUCAUUCAAGUUGCAUUAAUACGUGAAGCAAUUUCAUAACACAUUUGACCAUUGAGAUAUUUGAAUUGCUUAGUUCUGGGCAGGCCACUUUUCGAUCAUAUAAAACAAUGCGUUGGAUUUUAUCGAUAUUUUCUCGGCCGUUCAAAACGUUCAUUACAUCGAUUCUUGUAUCACCAUUAAAUCAGAGAGAGGGAGAAAGGAAAAUGUCAUUUUAUCGAACUUUUGUCAGUCAGCGUAUUGAGCGAUUAUAAUGUUUACUAGGUGAUAAACAAAGUAAUGUUUUAUUGCUUUCAGCGCUUUCGGGCAGUUCAAUCAGAUCACAAUGACCGUUCAAGAUAAAAAUAUUAUUGUCUGGUAUUUUCGAAGUAUACAAAUUUCUUCAUACCAACAAAGGAGCGUCACACUAAUGUGCACCAAUUUUAUGUUAAUGAAUGUACAUUAUAACCCCUAACUUUCUGGCUUUAAAUAUCAUAAAAAAUAGGCGAUAAUGUCCUUCGAGAGAACAGAAUGUCAAAAUCGGGACUGUUUUUCCGUUUUCUCCAGUUGCUAUUUGAUUGACAACUUUAGACUCUUUCUCAGCAGAUAUCUGUCCUGUGUUAUUUAUCAUUUCAAGCCCUGAUUCAUCGUGAUUCAAGAGAUUUUCAUGACUUAUUUUUCAAUUUAUGUUGUUUGAUCCUAUCUCCACCUUCACGUAGUAGUCCCUAGUAGUAGUAGGACUAUUUUAAUACUUUGAUCCAUGAAAAUAAUUCCAGAUUAAGAAAACAGUUAGGAAGGGUACUAAGAAAACGAAAGGAUGGGUUUAGGUAAAUGCAGCUAACAGAUGGCAUCAGUAAAGAUAUGUGCAAUUUUAACUUUUGAUAAGAAUUCUGUCACCGGGGGACCAUGCUUAAGCUCGCCAUCCAUCUAGAGUUCGCAUUCGACCGACGACCGUAACGUGGAUGAGAUGCAGUAUUGACUGUUCAGGCAGCCGGUGAUCAAAGGAAAAAUGAUUCGACCAACCGGCUAGUGUAGGCUGUGAGCGAGAAAUUUACUGGCAUCUUUAUCGCUAGGGUACAUUUUCGAUAAUACACACAAAAAUGUCUCAAACGCUUCCACGUUCAGAGUUAAACCAAUGAUGUUGCUGCUUGUCGGAAAGGGUAUGGUGCAUUCAAUCAACUGGCGCCCGCGUGCAUUGCGGGCUCUUCCGGCGUAACCGACAGGCCGCACUGAGCGUGAAAGGCAGGCUUUAAUGGCCCACACGUCACCUUGCUUACGACCCAUCGAAGUAGAUUAGCUUGACAGCUGUUCAUGAGAUGAGCUGUUCACUGGUCCAAUUGGUAUGUCGCGCCAAUGAUUAUUUUUAUAACACGUAAUUAAUUAAUCAAUUAAAAGCAUAAAAAUAGCUACGCAUAACACUAAUCAACGGGGCCACCAUCCUGUUUAUAUAAUUCGUUUAUUAAUUUUUCUAUGGUAUUUUGACUGAUUUCCUCCCAAGCCGAACGGAGCGCUAAUUCUAACUGGUUUUUCAUAAAAAACUGUCGGGCAUUCGCAUACACUCUUCUCACCACAAUGCCUCGAACAUUUUCUUUCAUAUUUGUAUCGGGCGAAAUACCUACACAAUCAGGCCGACCUGUCAGUUACGUCUGAAUAGUCAACCGGUGGUAAGAAUUUGAACUGUUCAGGCUGCCGGUAAUCGAUUGAACCGGCUAGCCGGAGAGAUCGUAAACCGAUACACGUGUGCGUUAAUGCGAACAGUAGGCCGUAAGCACGAAUUGCAUGGGUAUUUUCAUCGCUAAGAGAUAUUUUCUAUAAAUCCUAAACACAAAAAAGUCCCAAAUUUGCACCUCACCGCCUUUCACGGUCAGAGUUGAACUGAGGUGCGGUCCGGCUUAUCAACACGUGAUCCAUUCCCCUAAUUGUUCAAGAAAAAACGAUGAUCAAUUAUAAGCAAGAAGACUGCCUUUUUUAUUAUUAUUAUUUUCUGAUAGUAUUGACCUUUGCCAUUUUUGACGUGCCUUUAGAUAUGUAAUCCAAUUUUUUCCGUUGUUGAUGAUUAGCUGAUAUAAUUUUUACGCAGCUUCCUUGAACCCUAAAGAUUUUCCGUCGAAUUUUCAUCUGAAGACGGAUAGUCCAUUCUACAUGGGGUCAGCACAGAUGAUUGGGCUAAUUGUCUUCUCGAAGAUCCCAACUUCGAUUUAACCAAUUUUACGCAAUUAUGAAUGAAGUGCAUUGUUUACUACUCCGAUUUAUUCUUCUUCAAUACUACAACAGCCGAAAUCAGGCGCUGCACUCACACUGAUGGCGCGAUGGUUGAAGGAUAGAGCACUAGCCCCUCGAUCUCCUUGCUCCGAAUUCGAAUCCCGGUCGUCAUAGAUGUUUUGUGUUUGCCUUCGUGCUUGUCUCUGUUGCUGCAGGUUAUCAUUUGCACAACAAUAAGUAGGCAAAUUGUCUAAUAGUAUUUCUAAUAUGUAGAAUCUUCAAAUUCAAAGCAGAUGCUGAAUUUUGUCUGAACAUCGGUGGUACUAAGAAUGUAAUAAAGGCUAUAGAUCACUUAUAAAAUUCCGAUUAAUGAUACAUUGUGAUUUUAGAGGAAAACGCGAUAAAAAUUUUCCAAUUAAAAUUUAUAUUUAUAAGCGGGGUACUUUUCUCAUCCUUUGGACAUUGAGUAGAAUCUUGAAAUUAACUUUAAACAAAAUUUCUUUUCAAUCGAAAUGCGAAUUGAUUGCGUCGAAAAAAAUGUAAUGUAUAUUUUUUAUAUAUAAAAAAUUGUUAAUUUUAAAUCUUUAGAAAACCAAAAUUUAAAGUAAUGAAAAAAUAUAUAAAAUAUAUGAAUGUGCCUCGCCUUUGGCUAAACAAAAUUGUUUUAAAAAAUGAAAACAUUUUUAUAGUUAAAAGAUUGAUUAGAACCAAAAGAAAAUUAAAAAUGAAAAUGCUUUAAAGAGAAAAAAAAUCAAUCAAUGCGAAUUUCGAUGAAACCAAAAUGACACUUUUUGACAGACCAGACGAGAUAGUAAGUGUAAAGUCUUUUCAAUUUAUUAUUCAAUUCGUGUUUUCAAAGAAUUUUUAAUAUGAAUGUAAAUGAAAUCAUUUAAAAUUAUUUUACUUCGAAUUGUACUUUUACUAAACUUAAGAAAAACUUCUGUAAUAAGCAUGUAUUGUGUUUCAAAGUAAAUAUUGUAACAAAAAAAAUAAUAAUGAAAUAACACGAUUUGAAAGGAUCAAAGCUAUCCAUAUAAAAUAAAUGAGGUACACAAAAACAGUAAAUGGAAACUCAACUCGCUUCGUCAUUAAUAAAUUCAUUGACGAAGCAUCAAAUACACUAAAUAAAUUGCAGCAAAAAAAAGAAUAUCUAGAAAUUUGCAAUAUUUUUUGUACGCGCAUUGAAUAAAUAACUAGUAUCUACUUACAAGAAACAAAACAACAUGAAAACCAAAUAAAUAAUUUCUAAUUUUAUCCAAUUUAUAAAUAAAAACAUGAAAGAGAAGUAAAAUCGAAAACAACACUGUAAUGGAUAAUACAAGUAAAAUUAAGUGAAGGAAAAAAUACAUAAAAGGAGACAAAAAAAAACAAAAAAUAUAAAUUGAGACACGAUAUUUUCAUAUAUGCAACAACAAACAAGAAUACAUUUAACAAUAAUAAAUAACAACUACUCGAGAGAUUCAAUGAAUAAUAAUAAUUAUGUAUCAACACAAAGACAAGAAAAAACAAAAGUGAAAUACAAAAUAGUGUAGAGUUCUUGUGUACUGACAUAUCUAUACUGUAGUAAAUGACUGAAAGGAAUUUCGAAAAGCAAA